CAUGAAAGAAUUUUGGAAUCUUUCGAUGUGGCUACCUUCUUCGAACAUUCAUAACGACGAUAGUUCACUGGUCAUCGAUUCAAUUCGAGUUUGGGCUAUUUAAACAAAAUUAUUCCAUUCAUUUUCAAACAGAACCCAUAUUUGUUAAUAGAAAAACAAAGUCAAUAAAAUCGAAUCUUUAUUUAUCCUAUGAAUUCCACAAGACAAAGUGUGUGUCAGUCGUUUAUUAUGAGAGUCGGAAAAAAGAAUAAUUGCAAAGCAGAAUUGAAUUCAAUAACAAUUGAAAUUUCUGAUGACACAUACGGCACAGUCCGUGCAAAUUGUGCUGGUUGUAAUUGUCGUAUCACAAAGAGCCGUCUGUGUAUUGUAUAAAUGAAUGAUUUGCUUCAUGAAUUAUUAAAAUGUGUGUGCAAUCAUAGUCAUUAGCCACCAGGGAAACGCGUAUAUGGAUGAAUGACACGCAACCUACUGAAAGUGUCACACAAACACAUGAUACAUUUCAACCGUGAACAUUUAAGAGUCGAUUAACUCAGUGCUCAUCAGUUCGAUUUGUGGUCGGAACAAGAGAAUAUUCGUUUUGAAAAAGACAAAGGAAAUAUGUUGAGAAUUACUUGUUUAGUUUUGUUGAGCAUUUUCUUCAUAGUUGCAAUAAUUUUUAUUGUGCUUUUGAUCAUAUACCCUAGUUCGAGUGGCUGUAAACCGACCAUUACAACGGCAAGUGGAGAGUUUGCUGUGUCCGGCGAAAUUUGUGCGGGGAAUUUGAUAUUUGAAGAGAAUUUUGAGACAUUAGACAAACGCAAAUGGCAACCUGAAGUAACGUUCUGGGGUGGCGGCAAUGGUGAAUUUGAAUGGUACACCGCUGAUGAUGUGAAUAGCUUUGUGAAAAAUAAAAAAUUGUACAUCAAACCAACGCUCACUGCGAAUAAAAUCGGCUACGACGCAGUGGAACACGGUUAUGUUCGUUUGGAUGAUUGCACCGAUCCAGAUAAAACACAAUGUGAACGUCAAGCUGGUGGCAAUAUCAUCAUUAACCCUGUACAAAGUGCUCGCCUUACAACAGAAAAGUCCUUUUCUUUCAAGUACGGCCGAGUCGAAGUGAUUGCGAAACUACCCACCGCUGAUUAUCUGUGGCCAGCCGUUUGGCUUAUGCCACGCGUGUCAAAGUACGGUCUGUGGCCUCGCUCUGGUGAAAUUGAUCUGAUGGAAUCCCGUGGCAAUAAUAAUUAUACGGAUUUAAAUGGCAUUCAAUUUGGAGCAAAGCGAACCACUUCAACUUUGCACUUUGGUCCAUCUAGUCAAUUGGAUAAGUGGCAAACUUCGACGUAUGCCAAAAUCAAUGAAACCGGCUUCAACAACGGCUUUCACAUUUAUGAAUUUAUAUGGAAUGAAAAGGGUUUUAUUUUCUAUGUGGAUCGAGCCGAGAUUGGAUCUGUUCCGGUCGGUGAUGGCUUUUGGAAACGUGGUGAUUUCCAGGGGAAUGACAUCUGGGCAUCAGGCACAAAGAUGGCUCCAUUCGAUCAAAAGUUCCAUUUCAUCAUAAAUCUUGCCGUUGGAGGCACAACUAACUACUUUCCAUCGGAUUUUCUAAAUGAAAAUGGACCAAAGCCAUGGAACGAUACAUCUCCAUCAGCUAUGAAAGAUUUUUGGGCCAAUCGUGAGCAGUGGCUACCAACAUGGGACUUGGAAGGCGAUGACAGUUCUCUGAUUGUUGAUUCAAUAAAAGUGUGGGCUGCAUAGGGUUAUUUAAUAUUUUGAAAUAGCUAAGUCAAUUUAAUAUUAAAAAUAAAAUAUUUAGUUAAAUAAAA